CCCCUCCUCUCGCCGGGGCUGGGCACGGCUGGUGGGAGGGAUUUCUGACUGUCAGCAAGAAAAGAAACAAGAGCAUGUGAGGGAAAGGAGCCGGACCUGCGAAAGGCAGGAGGAAAGUUUCGUUACUCCCAUGCGAUGCGGGGAAGCUGCUCUUGCGUGCCCCGUCGCCGGAGGACGGUGGGGAGCUGCGGCAGGAGGAUGGCUUCGGCUCCGCGGCUGGGGUGAGGAGCGCUCUGCCUGCCUUUGGAGAGGCCCGCUGGGAGGUGGGAUUCCCGGUGUGCAGGAGAGCCCCCCUCCUCUUCCCGUCCCUUGCCGAGUGCUGGAUUUUACAUCGCCUGGCAAAGUGGCUCGCGGCUCCGCAUCGGCUGAACCCACAUGGGGCUUCACUGCUGGGCAGAACCCAGGGCUUGUGGGGUCUCCGGGCUUUGUCAAGAAGCAAAUCCCAGAAGGAAAAGUCGCUUCGGUACAUUUCGCCGCGAGCGAAGGAGCGUUAAGAAGCCAGGUUUGGUUUUGGGAAAAACCCAGUGACAAUCUGCGCUGUAAUAAUCGUUUCCCCUGGUCUGAAGAAACUUGCUGAACUGAACCCAUACGGGAGGAAGCACCCAGGAGUGACGAGUCUGCUCUCCCCCACGGGAAUUCCUGUGUGCUCCGCAAGCAUUGUCCUUUGCCAGAAAGUGAGACACUGGCAAGUUGGGAAGAGGCGGUAGCCGGGAGCGUCCUCCUCUGAGGAACGGGAAGGUGCAAGUGGCGCGUGGGACGGCGGUGAGAUUUUCUGGGCGCCCCCGGGAAGCACCUGGGGGAGCGAGGAGCUGCUGCGAUGGAGUUCCGUGCGGUGGCACUGUCAUUCGUCCUCGCGUUGCGGGUGUCCUCUCUGGCUUCUGGCAGCAAACUGCAGCCCCAUAUGCCAAACGUCUGUGCGGAGCAGGAGGUGGCCAUCGUGGGACACCGGCAGCCGUGCGCCCAGGCAUUCACCCGCACCCUCAAGGUCUGGAAGCAGGGCUGCGGGGGACGGCAGUGGUGCGCGGGCUACGAGCGGAGAACUGCGUAUUACACGGGCUACAGGCAGGUGUACAAGGUGACGCACCAGACCACGUACCGGUGCUGCCCGGGGUGGUCCCGGCUGGAGGGCGAUGCCGGCUGCCUCUACCCUGUCUGCGCUUACGGGCUUUGCUUCAACGGUGGAAAUUGCGUGGAGGGAUCUUCGCAGCUCUGCCGUUGCUCCUCUGGUUUCCGAGGGCCCCGCUGUCAGUACGAUGUCGAUGAGUGCCAGGUCCACAACGGGGGCUGCCAGCACAGAUGUGUGAACACCCUGGGAUCUUAUUAUUGCGAGUGCAAGCCAGGCUUUCGCCUGCACACAGACGGCAGGACCUGCAUUGCUGUGAACACGUGUGCCCUCAACAACGGCGGCUGUGAACACGACUGCGUGCAGGUGACGCUGGCGCAGCACCAGUGCCGCUGCCGGCACAAUUACCAGCUGCGGGAAGACGGCAAACGCUGCGUCCUGAGGAACCCCUGCACCGACAGGAACGGGGGCUGCAUGCACCGCUGCCACAACCACCGCGGGACAGCGCGCUGCGAGUGCCACCCCGGCUACCGGCUGGCGCCCGACAAUAAGGCCUGUGAAGACGUGAACGAAUGUCUGACGGGACAAGCCAUGUGUGCACACCAGUGUCUCAACACUCGCGGCUCCUUCAAGUGUACCUGUAACCCGGGCUACGAGCUGGGGGCCGAUGGCAAGCAAUGCUACCGGAUAGAAAUGGAGAUUGUGAACAGCUGUGAAGCCAACAAUGGUGGCUGUUCCCAUACGUGCCACCACACCAGCUCUGGCCCAGUCUGCACCUGUAACUUUGGCUAUCGGCUUGAAGAGGACCAGAAGACGUGCACUGAUAUCAAUGAAUGUGACAAUGGUUCUCACUGUUGUCAGCAAGACUGUUACAAUUACCCCGGGGGCUACGAGUGUGCCUGCUACGCUGGAUACAGGCUCGGCGCAGAUGGCUGUGGGUGUGAUGAUGUGGAUGAGUGCUCUUCCGACGGCGGUGGAUGUGAACACACAUGCCAGAACCAGCUGGGGUCUUUCCAGUGCGGCUGCGAGAUUGGAUACAAGCUGGAUGAGGACCGAAGGAGCUGUGUCUCGAUCGAGCACCCUGUGGAAGCUCUGGAUGGUCAGCGCCCCGUUAUCCGCCCAAUCCCUCACGUGGCAAUCCUGCGAGAUGAAUUCACCCAGCUCUUUAAUGACGACUAUGAUGAAGAGGAGGAAGAGAUGGAAGCAAGAGGAGAGCACACACUUUCAGAAAAAUUUGUCUGCCUGGAGCACACCUUCGGCCCUGACUGCAGCCUGACCUGCGAGGACUGCCAGAACGGGGGCAUGUGCAACGCGGAGGGCACCGGCUGCGACUGUCCGGCGGGCUGGACCGGCGUCCUCUGCAACCAGACUUGCCCGGCCGGCACCUUCGGCAGGAACUGCAGCAUGGCCUGUCGCUGCCAGAACGGGGGCACCUGCGACCCUGCCACCGGCGCCUGCCGCUGCCCGCCCGGCGUGGCCGGCGAGCUCUGCCAAGACGGGUGCCCUAAAGGAUUUUUUGGGAAACAAUGCAGGAAAAAGUGCAACUGUGCCAACCGGGGUCGUUGCCAUCGGAUUUACGGAGCCUGUCUGUGCGAUCCUGGCUUAUACGGACGGUACUGCCAUUUAGUUUGCCCCAAGUGGGCGUUUGGCCCCGGCUGCUCCGAAGAGUGCCGCUGCGAGCAGCAGAACACGCAGGACUGCGACAAGAGGGACGGCUCCUGCCGCUGCAAACCUGGCUUCCGCGGCAAGCGCUGCGAGAUGGACUGUGACCCUGGCUAUUACGGGGAUGGCUGCAAGAAGAAAUGUAGCUGCCCUCCAGAAGUGUCUUGUGACCAUGUCACCGGAGAGUGCUGGAAAGAGUGUCCCCCGGGCUACCAUGGGGAGGACUGCGACCAAGAGUGCCCGGAGGGGACGUUCGGGGCGGGCUGUCGGCAGCCCUGUCCCUGCGGGGGAGCGCCCUGCGACCGGACCUCGGGGCAGUGCCUCUGCCCGCCCGGCCGGACCGGACACGACUGCAGCCAAGCUUGCCCUGACGGCCGCUGGGGACUGGGCUGCCAGGAGAUCUGUCCUGAGUGUGCGAACAACGCCAGCUGCCACCCCGCCACGGGCGCCUGCCUGUGUCCCCCCGGCUACACCGGCCCCCGCUGCCAGGAUGUGUGUCCGCCCGGCUGGUUUGGCCCCGACUGCCAGCUGAGCUGCAGCUGUGGGAACGAGGGACAUUGCCAUCCUGUGACGGGGACAUGCAGCUGCGCACCGGGCUGGACGGGGUACAACUGUCAGAGAGCCUGCGACGCCGGGCGCUGGGGCCCCGACUGCGCUCACACCUGCAACUGCAGCAAUGGCGACGGGAGCUGCAGCGCGGUGACGGGUCAAUGCGCCUGUGAGGCUGGCUACGCCGGCAGCCGCUGCGAGAGGAAGUGCCCGGAGGGAUGGUUUGGGCUGAGCUGCCGGCACAAGUGUCAGUGUGACAACGGGGCUGCCUGUGACCACGUCAGCGGGGCCUGUACCUGCAGCCCGGGCUGGCGAGGAACCUUCUGUGAGCACGCCUGUCCUGAUGGAUUUUACGGACUGGAGUGCCGGGAAGUCUGCGACUGCCUGAACGGCGCCCGCUGUGACCAUGUCACAGGCCAGUGCCACUGUCCCCCCGGCUGGACCGGCCCCCGCUGCAGCCAGCCGUGCCAGGAGAGCAGGUACGGCGAGGACUGCAGCCAGACCUGCAACUGCUUCAACAACGCCACCUGCCACCACGUCAGUGGCCGCUGUCUCUGCGCCGCCGGGUGGACGGGACCCACGUGCCAGCAAGCGUGCCCGCCGGGUUUCUACGGGAGGAACUGCCGCCAGCGCUGCCUCUGCCAAAACGGUGGCACGUGUGACCCUGCCACAGGGCUCUGCGCUUGCCCCGAGGGCUGGACGGGGCUGGCCUGCGAGCUGGAGUGUCCGCAGGGCCAGCAUGGGGCCGACUGCCGGCAGCGCUGCGAGUGCCGGCACGGGGGGCUCUGCGACCGCCGGACGGGCCACUGCCUCUGCCAGCCCGGCUGGACCGGCCAGAAGUGCGAGAGCCCUUGUCCGGAGGGGCUGUUCGGGGCACGCUGCGAAGAGCACUGCGACUGUGGGGACAACGUCUCGUGCCAUCACGUUACUGGCGUUUGCGAUUGCCCCCGUGGCUGGAGGGGCCGGCGCUGCGAGAAAGCCUGCCUGCCGGGUUCCUUCGGGAAGAGCUGUGCCAGCCGCUGCGCCUGUCCCCAGGGAGUGCCUUGCGAUCACAUCACCGGCCGCUGCGGCUGCCCGCCGGGCUUUACAGGCUCUGGAUGUGAGAAACCCUGCCUGCCAGGGACCUUCGGGGAGGGCUGCGGGCAGAUCUGCCAGUGUGCCGGAGCCACCCAGGAGUGCCACCCCGUCACCGGGGCCUGCGUCUGUGCCCCCGGCUUCCAUGGGCCCGCCUGCCAGCUGGAGUGCUCCCCUGGGUGGUACGGCCACAACUGCGAGAGGCCCUGCAAGUGCAAGAACGGGGGCCAGUGUGACAUUGCCACAGGGACGUGCCACUGCCCGGCUGGCUACAUCGGCGCGGACUGCAGCGUGGGAUGCCCUGCUGGUCGCUACGGCCAGGACUGUGCACGGCUGUGCUCCUGCGGGGACGGCGCUACCUGCCACCCCGUCACCGGAGACUGCGUUUGCCCACCGGGAAGAGCUGGUCCCACCUGUGAGCAAGGCUGUGAGGAGCACCGGUACGGGGUGGGCUGCCAGCAGACCUGCUCCUGCCGCAACGGGGGGCUGUGCGAUGCUGCCGACGGCUCCUGCUCGUGUGCGCUCGGGUGGACGGGGAAAUCCUGUGAAUUAGAAUGCCCGCCGGGAAGGUACGGUGCCAACUGCCAGCUGCGCUGCGCCUGCCUGCACAAUGCCACCUGCGACCCGGGGACGGGAGCCUGCCGCUGCCCCGCCGGCCACUACGGGCCCCUCUGCGAACACAGUUGUCCCCCGGGCUUCCAUGGAGCUGGCUGCCGGGAGCGCUGCGACUGUGAGCACGGAGCAGGCUGUGACCCAGCCACCGGCCGCUGCCAGUGUCCCGCUGGGCUCGGCGGCGAGCGCUGCCAGACAGGCUGCAAGGAGGGAACGUACGGCGAGGGAUGCCAGCAGCUCUGCGACUGCCUCGGCGAUGCGCCCUGCGACCCGGCCACGGGACGCUGCCUGUGUCCGCCGGGGAAAACUGGCCUCAAGUGCGGGUUGGACUGCCGGCCGACCCAGUACGGCCCCGACUGCAGCCUGGCCUGCCAGUGUGCCCCCAGCAGCUCCUACUGUAACGCUCGGAACGGCCAGUGCCUCUGCCUGAACGGGUACAUGGGACCGACGUGUCGGGAAGGUGGUACUCCUCGUCUGCCCUCGGCCGAGCAACCGUCCUUGCUCCCAGCCCUGCAGCCCCCGCCGCCCACCGGCUCACCCCCGCCACAGGGGGGGCUCCGGCCGGUGGAGCACUAAGUCCUGCAUCUGCCGGGAGCGCUCCCUCGGUGUCCCCAAGCAGCCGCCUGAAGAGGAAGACGACGACGUAUUUAACGAACUUGUUUACAAGCCACGCGAGUGGUUAUGGUUGCCAGAUGGACUAAGCUGCUGCUUUUGGGGUUUUCUGAGCGAGGCUGAAGCGCCGAGGGUAACCGGCUCGCCGGGGCGGCACGGGCUGGCCCCUGGGCACGUGGCAAGGGCAAGCACCCCGGCACCCGGGCGUGCCCUCGGCCGGAGACCAGAAGGAACGGUUCAGAAGCAAUCGCUCCUGAUCAGCGGACUUUGAUCGCUUGUGGCGAAUUGCUGGCCUUCAUCCUUUGGGUGCUGGGCUUGGGGAGGGGGGUGAAAGUAUGGGCCAAAAUAGGUAUUUAUGCACCAGUAUUUAUGGGAAGCUGUACAACAGUGGGGGCAGAACGGAUGGCUGAACAUGCCCGCCCUCCUGAGAUCCUGCCUUCCACAGAAGUACCGCCUCACUUGAAUGAUUUUUUUUUUUUUUUAAUUCGAAUUUGCAGUGUUCUUUUACUGUAAAUUAUCAUUUGCCGUGGGUGGGGGAGAGCUCUAGCGCUGACCCCAGCGACCCUGCAGAGCCGGUGCCCACAGCCCGACCCUCUCCAUCAGCACAAGAGCUCCCAGUUAGCAUUCCCGGCGACAGGCAGUGCCUUCCACACUGGCAGUGCCGGCUGCUCGCGACGGGCUCUGCCGGGCAGCAGGAGCCUGGUUUUUAACCCAGGAGUAUGUCAGCCCACUUUGCUCCACCAAAAAGGAAGCCUAAAUUAGGUGUAAUAAUCAGAGAUACUGUGUGGAUAGACACAGAGCUCUCGCGUGGUCCAGUACAGCAAAUCCCCGUGUCAGUGUGUCUUCCCGGCGUGGAGAGAACAGCCGGAGGCGUCUGUGCCGGGCCGGAGGUUGUGUCAGGAACAAGACCCUUGUAACUCCCUCCCUGCAGCCAGGAGGCUGGUUUGGGAUAGCCGGGAGCAUCCCCUGUCCCCGGGGGGAAGCGUCUGGGGUAGCUUUGGCGCAGAAGGGACUCCAGGUAGAUUGAGCAGCACCGGUGUGUUUCCCAAGAGCGUUUACCCUUCCUUUUUGGUUUUCGGCAAGGCCCUGUGAAAGUGCCCAAGGCUCCGAGCCCACCGGUCGGUGUAAGCCGAACUGCUCCGUGUAUUUGCACAAGGCUCCGGGGUGAGGAGAGCCCGAGAGCCCAGAAUGUCAAAAGAAAGCCGGCUCUGCGACGGGGCCGGGCCGUUCCCGUCCCGGCACAUCUGCCUCCGCUGCUGCUGCAGCACAGCCCUGCCCAGGCGCUUGGCCUUUAAAUUAUUCCCACGGGGGCCAACUGAAAAUAAUAAAAGAAUUGUGUUUUUUUUUUUCCUGAUGGAAUUUAUUUUAAUCUGUAUAUAACUUGUAAUUUUUUGCUAAUUCUUUUCCUAUUUUAUUUCUUC